GAUAGGUACAGUAAUGCGGAAGUUCAUCCGAAUCAUGCGGUGGAAGGCGACGAAGAAAACCGGAAAUUAUACGACUUCAAAAUUUCGACUAUGAACUGCAGCGACGAGGCACCGUCAACUUUGCUCCGUCAACUCUGCUCGACCGUUGCUAAUAUCUGCGCCACCCACAAUGAGCAAGGAAUACUUUUCACCCAAGGGCAAGGCGGUACCGAGGUACGCCGACGAUGACGAAUUCGAAAGCGCGUCGAGUUCGAGCCGCCCGAGUGCCCCAAAGCCCCCAGCGGCAUCCGCCGCACCCGGGUACAUGACUGUUGGCACCGGCUCAACAUCGCAAUACGCUGCCCAUCUUCAAGCGAUGCUCGAGCAGGACUCCGGGUAUGGCGGCAGCAAUGCUGGUGACGAAGUAAGCCCAUCAAUGUCCGCUGCGGGUGCGUGGGAUCCUGCGAUCCAUGCAGACAGGCCAAUACAUCCCCAGGCUUCCUCCUCACCAGCCCACAUCGCGACCGCCGACCAUCGCUCCCAGGCGUCAGCUGUUCAUCAGCUCUGGUACAACCAGCACCGAGCGACUCUUGGCCGCGCCAUCAGCACCGUCGUGGAGCUCUUGAGGGAGCUGCAGGAGAAGAACGCGGUAUGGCCCGCCCACUAUCCGUCAGUGCAGCGUGCUACGCUCGAUGCACCCUCGCAGCCGACCUCAAGGCCGGGGAUUCACCAAGCAUACUCGACCGCUGGUGAUCUCGCCAUCGCGCCAUCCUUCCCUACGCCGGCCCCUCCGCUCCGGAGAGCUAUGACGUCUUUGGAGGAUGUCCAGGCCGAAUCCAGCAGGGCUGCGGAGACCAGAACGCCCACCGAGCCUCGACUCGUCACACCGCAGAUCGCCCAAGAAUUCUCGGUGUUCAAGUUGGACCUGAAACUCGGCGGCCUGCACCAGGCGGAGCUCGUGCACUCGUUGGAGAAGGCCUCGAUUGCCUCGCUAUUAGACGGGAAGAUACAGUCGAGCAUCAAGCAUCUACAAUCCCUCAGGGAGCGCAUAGAGGAUACGUCAAGCAAGGUACUGGUGACAGGCGAUCUGAACGCGGGGAAAUCUACCUUUUGCAAUGCAUUGCUCCGCCGCAAGAUCCUGCCAGAAGACCAGCAACCCUGCACAAGCAUCUUCUGCGAGGUUCUCGAUGCGAGGGAGAACUGCGGCAUCGAAGAGGUUCACGCCGUUCACAAGGACGCCAUCUAUGACCGCCACGAUGAGUCCACCUACGACGUCUAUUCGCUCAAGGACCUGGAGAAGAUCGUGGUGGACAACACGCUGUACAUGCAAUGCAAGGUUUAUGUCAAGGACGUACGGACCAUCGAUGAAUCGCUGCUAAACAACGGCGUGGUGGAUAUUGCGCUUAUCGAUGCGCCUGGGCUCAACAUGGACACCACCAAGACCACAGCCAUCUUUGCGCGGCAGGAGGAAAUUGACGUUGUUGUCUUCGUCGUCUCCGCCAUGAACCACUUCACCCAGACGUCAACCGAGUUCAUCAGAGCCGCGGCGGCCGAGAAGGCCUAUCUUUUCAUCGUGGUGAAUGGCUACGACAAUAUCAGGGAUAAGGAACGGUGCCAGAAGUUGAUUCUCAACCAAAUCAGGACUCUGAGCCCUGCUACGUUCAAGGAGUCGGCCGAGCUGGUGCAUUUCGUAUCAAGCACAGCUAUCCCGAUGGCGCCGGCUCCGCCAGGGUGUCCCGGAGGAGGCGGGUCUGGCAGUUCGAGUGGUGGCGGGUUCGACGAUCCGGGCGAUGACGAUCCAAAGGGGAAGGGCAAGAACAAGGAAUCGCUCCGCGACUUCUCGGCCCUCGAACAGUCCUUGCGCAGGUUCGUGUUAGAGAAACGGGCGCGCUCCAAGCUGGCUCCGGCAAAGACAUACCUGAUGAACAUUCUGAACGACGUAAGCGUGCUGGCUGCGGUCAACACAGAAGUCGCUCAGUCGGAGUUCGACAGGGUCAACAAGGAGCUGCAAGAGCUUGAGCCUCAGCUCGAAUCAAGCAAGCGGGCAAGGUCCGAGAUCAGCGAGAAGGUUGACCAGACCAUUGAGCAGACGUGCAAGGAUGUGUACGACUACUCCCGCUCGACAAUCAGCUCGGCCAUCGCUCACGCCGGCGAGGGGAAUCUCGGCAUCCCGUACCCAGGGUUGUUCGGCGCAUUCCAAUAUGCUGACGAGCUUAAGGAGGCCAUGCUGUCGCAGAUUGCGGCAUCGGUUGUGCAAUGUGAGGAACAUGCUCGCACCAAGACCGUCGCCGGUGUCAAUAUGAUCAAGCAACUUGGAAUCCUCCAUCUGGGAGAUGAAUACGAGAAUCUCAACUUCAAGUCAGACGUCAUGUUCCAGCACAAGAAGCAUGCCCUGGCUCGCCAGGUGGAUAUUGCAACAGAAUUCUGGGAUUUCGUCGACUGGUCCACGCUGCUGCAGAAAGAGGAGAAGGCGGGCAUGGCCUUGACAGUUGCUGGCGUCGUCGGUACGGGCGUGCUCAGUGGCUAUGGCCAGCUGAAUAUUGCCUUCCGCGUUGCGCAGCUGCUAGGAAGCGACAACCUGCGCCGCUUGAUUGUGCCCGGUGUCAUUGCAGCAGCGGCGGCGUCGGCCUUCUACAUUCUCAGCCAGAUCCCUCGCUCCCUCCCACAUCGCCUCAGCGCCAAGAUCUCAACGCAGCUUGCGGCCAUGGAUUAUGUCCACUCCAACAGCAACCGUAUCUCGGGCACUGUGCGCAAGGUCCUGCUUAUCCCGGCCAACUCGCUGCGGGUCGGUCUUCAGCGCUCUGUCGAGCAGCUCGAUCUCCGCCGCAACGACACGCUCAAGGUGCGCAAGGAGAGCCACGAUGCCCUAAGAUACUUCAGCAACCUUGCCCAGAAAAGCGCCCACCAACGCCGCCAGCUCGAAACGGUGGAUCUUGACGCACAUCCGCUUGGGAUUCACAACGGUCACUGAGGGACGGGAUGCUUUGUGUGAUACCGCGGGCUUGGUAUUCGGCGUUUGGAGGUGCUUGUGGUGUCAAAAGCGAACAGCAUGCCACAUGGUCAAACAUGGGCAUAUAGCAUUUCGGGCAACUCGCAGGGUUAUCAUAGGUGGCGUAAGUUGCUUGAAUGAUUCCCCCUGGCUCAUGAACAAGUCGGGAAAGGUUGGCCGGUAACGAUGGAACGAGACUCCGCUCGUUUAUUUUUUUCCCUUAUAUAAGAUGUCUCUCCAUGUUAGAAUACCUUUUGAUUUGAGCGAUAAUGAGUACAAAUGAGAUUGCUGGACUGCAUGGACG